AUGCCGACCGACAAGCUCGCGCCUGGCAAUCGCGGCUGUAGUGAGGCAUCUCCCCUCCUCCCUAAACCCCGGCCGAGAGCGUCCAUGUGCCACUUGACCCAGCCAGCGUCACGCAACAUGUCCGCCGUCCCUGCAGCGACGACCUCGUCGUCGAACAUUGCCCCGCGGGUUGCUGCGUCGUCACUCUUGGUCAGUGACUCCUUACAAGGCGGUGGAGGCAUCUUUGGCAGUGGCGGCAGCGACAGCGACGGAGACGAUAGCGCCGGCGGCUCCAGCGAUGCCAACGGUGGCGCGGCUGGCGGCAAUGGUGGCCUUGCGUUUGGUUCUCCACCGGCGUCGCUCUCCGAGUUCCUCGGUGUCUUCGCGUAUGCUGUCCGCCUGCAGUCGUGGACGAGUUGGCUGCUGGCGGCCAUGUUUCAUCUCUUCCACCUGCUGCUCAUUUUUUCCUUCUGGAGCAGUCCCAUCCUCUACCGCUCCACCGUCCUCUCCCAGGCGGUUGCGAAGUCGCUGCUCGAGGUGCAGGAUGUCAGGAAACACAGAGGGGGCAACGCUGAGUGCAGCAACAACGGCAGAACAAGGCUGAGCGCUGCGGCGGGGAAGGGCCCGAGCGGCGUGGAGGCGGCCGCCCUGCUGCGCUCCAGCGAAUCGCCGGCGCCGGUCUUCGCCGGGAGCGUGUGGGCCAUUCACGACUCCGUCUUUUUCCUUGAGGAGGGCCAUGCCGUGAGGCCCACGGCGAUAGCGGGCAGCUUCUCCAGCCUGGGGGGCAAGAAUCACCACGGCGGCGCCACCAAAAGUACCCCGUAUGCUGCUCGGGACGUGCGCGACGGUGAGAACGCCAACCACGGCACUGGCGAUGAUGCGACAGACAGCAUGGACCAGGGCAAGCCCCGCGGCAGCCCGCACACAUGCAUUUUGCCGCACAAGCCCGGCGACGAUGUCGGUGGCGGGGGUGGCGCGCAGAAGACUGUUACGCCUGCGGCUGCAGUCUCUACGGUACGCGAGGAGACUCGCGCCUCCGCCAUUGGCCUGAGCAGUCAGCUGCGGCCGACGGUGCCAUGGGGCUCGUGCAGCAAGGAUGAGGGUCGCCACCGCGCUGCCGCGACGAGUGACGGCCCUGGGACGCUGCGCUGGUUCGCAGGGUCUCCUCCCAUUGCGCCGGAGCACACUCUGUCGCAGCGUAAGAAUGCCAGUCGCGGGCGAGUCGCGCUGUCGCAGAUCAUCGACGCGUGGGCGGCGUCUCCGCUGUAUUCGUCUCCGCUGGCCCUGGCCCUGUUUUACCACCUCUAUGGCGUCGGCUGUGUCAUCCUGCUGCUGACCGUGACGGACGGCAUGCUCACCGGGCACUUCUCCGCACUGCGGCUCUGCAUCGGCUUUGCUGAGGUACUGUGGUGCGUUCGCCACGGCGCGCACGCUUUCCUUAUCUACUGCUGGAUGCUCGUGCUCUCGCACUGGCCGCAUCGCGCGAUGUACUCCCCCGACGACGCGGUGUUUCUUCAGCAGGGCACGCCGUACGCGGUGGUGACCAAGAAGACGGGACAGGUGUCCAUGUUUUGGUUUUACAGAGCCGCCUUGGCCGUCGACGGGGGUGCCGAGGGCGGCGGUGGUCACGGAGGCGCUGGCACGUUGCUUGUGAGUGAGAUCAACCUUCCGUACUAUCUCUACGAUCAAGUGUGGUACCUCAACCCGCUCGCCGAAGGCAUCGAGGUCUUCUACGUCUGCCUCCUGUUGCUGUGCCUCGUGAAGGAUUUUCACCGAGUGCUGGACGCCGUCGUUGGCGUGCGUGAGCUUAUGGAGCCGGAGGGGUGUGUGCGCUGCCCCCUCUGCGGUCAGCUAAUGGUGUUGUAUGAGCAGCGCAGCCUCUUUCGGGCCAACUCUACCUACGAACCCGCCCGCGGCCACAUAUCAUGGUCCGGGUGGCGGAUGAGGUGGUGGUGGCGUUGGCUACGCAGCGCCGUGCGAGGCAGCAGCAGUGGCCAUCGUUUACCAACACCACGUCUGCCGAGUCCUCUCUGGCGCUGGUUCUUGCCGGGGUGGCUCGGCGGAGGCCCGCUGAAGACGCCGCUGCUGGCCUCCACGACCGCUGGCGCACCCACGGAUGGCGGUGACGCCUCCCCCACAGCGUGUAUGGGCGACGAGAGCACCUACACACUCGCCGAAAUACUCGAGGAUUUCGAGUUCUACGAGCAGUCAGCUGUGCGUCGCAGCGCGGCGGCGCCGCAGGAUACCACCACAGCGGCGACGGCGCAUCUCAUGCGGUGGCUGACGGCGAUGCCACGCGCGGGGCGGUCGCCGAUGGUACAAGUGCGGGACGGCGAGCACAGUCGCAGCAGAGGCCACAGUGGCGGCUUCUCGGCUGAACAGGACGAGGAGAACGUCGAGGCAACGGCGGGUGCGCUGGCGCUCGGGUCGUCGGGCUCUUCGUCGUCUGAAGAGUGUGUGAGCGCGGGGCUGGUGAAGGUGGCGCCUGCCGCCGCCCCCGCAACGCCUGGCAUGGACGGUGCUACGGCACCGACACACGGUGCCCCGACAGCGUUCGCCAAGACAGGGCGUCCGCACCCCUCGCCGACCCAUUUCGUCGCGGCUUCCAUCCCCGCCAGUCCCACUUGUCGUCGACACGGCCGCAGCCAUGGAAAAAACUGCCGCCGCUCACAAGGCCAUUUGCACGGGUCGUUGAACAGCAGUCAACAGUCGUUGACCCCGCCGCAGCGCCCGCAGCGCCGGACUCGAUUCACGGAGGAGGUGCUGUACUGGAACCGUGCCACGCGGCACGUGCAUCACCGGUGCCCAAGGCUCUACUUGGAUGCACAAGAGGCGACCGACGAUGAAGACGCUGACGAAAGCGACGGCGGCAGCACCUCGUGUGAGUGCAGCAGCGAAGCCUCUUCAGCGAUGUCCUCCACUGCAGCCACGACGACGUCCAGCUCACUUACUCAGCCGGCGACUAACGCAUCGGCGCGCCCGCACGCUGGCAACCCACUGACGGCGGCUGACUGUGCGAACUUCCACCAAGGCGUGUUGCGCCGCUCCCUCUCUCCGCGCGCUGGGCCGGGUAGCUCAGCCGCUGGGAGAGGGUGUUGCUACACGCCCCAGCCCUCUGCUGAGCUGGACGAGUCAACGCGCUUGCACGAGAAGCGGCUCCAGCAGCAGCCGCAGCAGUGCACAGGCAGGCAUCAAGACACCUCCGCGACAGGUACCUCGACGCACCAGCGUAACUACCGGAUCAUCAGCCCGGACUUUUCGGGGGCGUCGUCAAAGCUCUUUGCACAGGGUCUGCCACCACAGUUGGCUGCUAACCACAUCACUCAGCGCGGCCUGUACGACCCCAACAAGGCUGGCGAGGACGAGUUCAGGCCCGGCAACGCCUUUCAGUCGUACGAUCGUGCAGGGUAUCUGUCGCGGCUCACCCACAGUUGGCUGAACCCGCUGCUAACAUUUGGGCUGCUGGAGCCGACACUGCUGCGACAGGAGCGCUUCUUGCCCUCGCUACCGGAGGAACUGUUGUCACUGGACAACAUCGCGAUGCCGGCGUGGCGUUUGUGGGUUCAUCGAAAGCUGUGGUUCGCCGCCUACGUGGCGAAGCCGGGGAAGCUCCUCAUUCCCGGCAACGAAGCUAUGGAUCGCGCCGAGGAGGAGUUGAUGUCGCUUGCCCACCUGCACAAAACCGACCUCAGCGAGAGUGGCGAGGAUACGGGAAGCUCGGACGGCAGGCAGACCGCUGUCAUGCUCGGCCAUACGUCGUUGAAGCAGGCAGCUAAGUUUCGUCCGCAGCGGCCGCGCCGGUGCUGGCAGGAGAGACUCCUGUGGACUCUCUUCGCGCCGGUACGGUGCAUCCUCGCGACACUUUUCUAUCACGUAUACAUUGGCACAUCGCGCACGGUGCGCCGCACACGGCGACGUCUUGCUCGCGAACUGCUGAAGGAUCGCCUUACCACCGCCGCCGAGAACCUGCACGACUCCAACGGCUACCAGACCGUGGAGUCGAGCGAGGCGAUAGAGGGGGCGACGUUGGCGCUAGGGGACAUGGCGUCCUCGUGCGACAGCAGCGCUGCUGCGCCAUCAUUCGGCUCCGCCAUGCCGACCCACAUGCGCCGGCAGCUUGUCCUCAGUGAUGUGAGCCUGUACCACCUCUUCCUCGAGCACCGCUGCGGCCGCCGCUUUCUGUUCGUCGCGGCACCGCUGCUGCUGCUAAGUGAGCUCCUGACCGUGGCGGUGGUGCCUGUGCUUGAGCUGCUCACUGUGUGUCUGCAGCGCGUGGACUCCAGAAUGGUGCCGCAUCGCCGCGAGGCCCCGAGCGAUCAAAGCAGCGUAACGGAGGCUCUUCUCUGCAUCAACCUGUUGGGGGUGCUGCUGGUGCUGCAGGGUGUGGUGCAGAGCGCCUAUGUGGGUCAGGUGCAGCAGGCCGCAAUGGAGGCGCGUACGUGCGUCUUCGCAGUAGUGCUGGAGAAGACGCUGGCGCUCCCCCUCGCGCAGCGCACCUUCACGGAGGCAGAAGUGGUGGCUCUGGCCACAGAGGAGGCGGCGCGUGUCGCAACGUGCUUGGGGUCGCUGCAUCAGACCUGGUCAUGCCCGCUGCGAGUGGCACUACUGUUGCUGCUGCUCGCCAACUAUGUAGGCUGGGUGGCCGCCGCAGUGGCCGGUGUUGGAUCGCUCCUCGCCGUGCCGCUCUUGCGCCACCCUUCGCACGAGGUGCGGCAGAGGCGGCACGAGGCGCUGGAGGCAACAGCGCCACGCGUCGCCCUACUGCAGCGCGCUCUGAGCCACGUUCACAAGGUUAAGGCCAUGUUACUGGAAGGGCGUCUGGCUCACUGGCUGCGGAAGGCGCGCGUGAUAGAGGCCUCCUGCGCUGAGGCGGUGGCGAUGGCGGAGGGCACGGCCGGCAUGUUGGCCGGCGGGGUGGAGUGUCUGCUGAUGGUGACCGCCCUCGGCGCCGAGUGCGUCCUCUCCGCCAAGGAACUGCGAGACAUGGAUGUGUUGGUACCCGCGCUUGCCAUCUUCGUGCUGCUGACGAUGCCGCUGCUGGAGGUGCCGGCGCUUUUCAGCGUGGUGGCACGCGGCUUUCUCUCGAUGAAGUGCAUCGAGGCGUACCUGCGGCAGAGGCCCGACGAGUUUGCCGGGACGUGGGUGGAUCUGACCAGCUUCACAGCGAUGCAGCAGCAGCUGCGCGUGGAGAACCCCGGCAGCACACUGCUCAACUACCGCCGUGGCAGCGUGGUGUGCCGCAACUCGUCUUUCACGUGGCAGCAUGACCUGAGCGAAGAGGCGCCGUCGACGCUUUUGCGCGACGUCAACUUCUGCAUCGGGCCUGGUCAGUUGGCCGUAGUGCAGGGCUCCAUGGGGGCCGGCAAGAGCACCCUGCUCUUGUCCAUCCUCGGCGAGGUGAACUUGUUUGUGUCGUCAGGGUGCUCGACGAACGGCAGCCUGGCGGGAUGCAGGUCUGAGAACACGUUGUCCGUCCUCUCCGCCAGCGAGGCAGCGGCGCUGGCGGCCGUAUACACCGGCAGCGCACCUGGCGCCGUGGGGGACAGCAACCGGCGCGACCCCGGGCCCGCCGCUGCGGCGACCUGCUCCCCGGUUUUCCCUACGCCGCCGAGCAACACCAUCAGUCUAGUCGACGCCGCCACACUUGGCAUCUUUGUGGCAUCGCCGACGGACUCCGCCGAGGCAAGGCGGUGUGUCAGCGCGGAGCAGACACUUUCGGCUGUACCCGGCAAUAAUGCAGCAGCGGCGCAGAGGGCGCUGGCCGGCAUCACCUCGACAGCGACUGCUGCGGCCAGGACCUUCAUGGCACCAGGCGGUGCGUCGCUGGGUGGCUACGUUCGAAGCACGGCGUCGAAGUUGUCUGCCAGUAGCCUUGCUGGCGAUCGCGCCAGUGUGUGCUCUGCUACCACUACGAACACCUCACAGCUUAACCCCACCGGCCUGGAGGGCGACGACAGCAGCACUGGCGGCUUCCUCGUCUUCGGAUCCUGCGCCUACUGUGCCGAGGUACCCUGGCUGCAGAACGACACCAUCCGCGCCAACAUCGUGCCCGGCGGUGGCCCGGUGCUGGAGCGGUGGUACUGCACGGUACUGCGUGCGUGCGCGCUGAGCGCGGAGGUGGCGGCGCUGCCGCAUGGCGACGCGACCGUGAUUGGCGAGAGAGGCGAGCGGCUGUCGCUAAGCAUGCGGUGCCGCAUAGCCAUUGCGCGGGCCGUGUACUCCAAGUCACACGUGUACCUCAUGGACAGCGUCCUCUCGCCACUGGAACCGCCCAUUCAGGAGCACAUCAUCCGCGAGGUGUUCCACAGGCUGCUGCGCAAGAAGACGGUUGUUUUGGCCAGCAACGUCGGACUUCGAUCGCUGCGGCCGCAUCGCGUUUUCAGCGUGGUGAAUGGCGUGGUGCGCGAGGACACCGACUUGUACACGGCUGUCUCCUCUCUGCAUGCCCGUGGUGACGAAGAUGACGAGGAGGCACUGAUGCAGCGACAGGCAAGCGACUGUGGUGGCAUUGCAGCCGACGGUGAUGAUGGUGGCGUGUCGAAACGCGAUAGCAGCGCGUGCCAGGCCAUGACCCUGCCUCUGCCAACACUCUAUGCCGAGGAGUUCGCGGAGUCGCAGGAGGCGGCCGAGGCGGAGACGCCUCCCAAGGAUGUCGCGCUGCCGAGGACCGCGAGCACCAACGUGGCGAGGUGGCAGCCGUCGACCUACUUGAAGGCGCCCACCGCAGCACCGUCUAACCCUGCUGCCGAUCCUGGGGUGCCGCUCCACGGCGUUAACGUCGACGACCCUGGCUGUGCCAACAACCUUAGCGAGCAAGGCAGCAGCACCAGCGCCGGCAGUGGCAGCAACAGCACCUGCUCCAACGACCGGUGCAUGAGGAGCCACUACGCCCAGCUACUGCAGCGCGAGCGUCCUCUGCGCCACCGCCACCGCCUCUUCCUCUUCAUUUUCUUGCGCUUCAUGGGUGGGCAGGUGGCGUGGGUGUUAUUGACGGCGCUCCUCCAACAGGGCAUCUCUCUGUGCGUCGAUAUUUGGACUGCAGCGUGGCUGGCAGUAAUGGCGGCGCACGCAACGCGUUCCGCAGUCGGUGCAACGAAGGCAGCCGUAGCAGGCCGGUCGUUCUCGUCUCGAGUGGCAGAGCAGCUGUACACGUGGGCCGCCGUCAGCGACCUUACUUUCAUUGGUGUGUUGUCUGCGUUGUGUGUCUUGGCGAUGCUGCUCACGCUGCUCCGCGCCCGCGCGGUGUACGUCGGCGUGUACGGGACGAUGCACUUCAUCUACAACCAGAUUGCAUGUCGUGUGCUGCACUCGCCAGCCUCUUACUUCGACAGCCGCAUCAUUGCGCUCGUGACGCGCGUGCUGCGCGACGACGGCGAGGUUGCCGAGUACUGCGUGCUGUCCACGGCGGAGACACUGCUGAGCUGCAGUGCGCAGGUGGCGUUGGUCGUGCUGUGGAACGCCUUUGUGAACCCCGUUUUUAUACUGCUGCUGCCGAUGGCCGUGUCCAUGUUUUACCACAUCUCGCAGCGCCACGCAGUGGUGCUGCGCGAGGUGCGCCGGCUGGAGCUGGGCUCGGUGAAUGGCAUGGCCAACAUCCUGCGUGAGGUGUAUCAGGGCGCCACCACGGUGCGCUGCAUGGCUCUGCAGGACCGACUGCGUGAGGAAUUCUGCCGUGCCCUGGAUACGGUCAACACGGCCUCCAUGGUGGCCUACCUGACGGAUUGCUGGGUGGAGCUGCGACUGCACGUGCUUGCCACCCUCGCCAUGUGCAUCGCUGCUACGGGUGGCGUCAUCUUCACGUUCUCCUACUCACGACCAAGCUUCACGGCAGUGGCCGUGAUCGCUUGCCUGCGGGCCGGGCCGGUGCUGACGCUGAUGUGCCGCAGCCUCGGCGCCUUCACGGUGAAAGAGUGGAUCUCGGUACAGCGGCUCAUGAGCCUGUGGGGCGCGCCCCAGGAGCCGCUGACCCUCGUCGGCGAGGCGGACCUUUACACCUACAGCCACGUCCGUCGCAGUGCGAGAGGGCCGUGUGUGCUGGAAGGUGGGGAUGACGCCCCUGUGCUCAAGAAUGUGAGGUUGCCGACGGUGUCGCUCAUCAUGGGGCAGGGGUCUCAUUCCGGGCAGCGCGAGGCCCGUCAAGAGGCGAGGGCGGAGCGGCGUCGUCUGCGUCACGAGCAACAGAGUCAGCAGCGACAGUGGCGGCAGCAGCUGGGGCAGGCCGGCGGUGAGGACGGCCUGGCUGACUCGCAUGCCCCCGCACGGCUCUCCGCAUUCAAUGAUGACCCUUCGUCGUCGUCCUCAUCGUCCAGGGAGCGUAGGGCUACUGGUGCUCCAGGCGAAUGUUGCGCUACUCCGCUUCCUCUGCUCGAGCUGAUCAACGUGUCGGCGCGCUAUCGCACCACGCUGCCGUACGUUCUGCGCCACGUGAACCUGGCCGUCUUUCCCGGCGAGCGCCUUGGUGUGGUGGGCCACGCUGGACAAGGCAAGAGAUCCAUCUUCAACGUGCUGCUACGCCUGGUUGACGUGAUCGAAGGCGGGGGCGUCUUCGUGGACGGCGAGGACGCGGCGCGGAUACCAUACCCCGUUCUUCGAAGUUGGUUUGGCCUUCUGUCACAGGAGCCACUUCUCUUGCAGGGGUCGUGGCGCAGCAACCUCCUCCUCGGCUACCAUUUCGCUCACUACAUGCUGAUGGACGGCGCCAACGGCGGCGCUGACCAACUUUUCCUACCGACCACGCCGCUUGCCCGUCAGCAGCUGCAGGCAGACGCACGCCCAACAUCAGUGAGGGCCGCCGCGGCGGUCACCGCACAGCUGGCAGUAGAGGCUGGGGAGCGUGAGCCUUUGCUGCAGCGGGGCGCUACUGCUCCCACUCGCGGCGGCACCGGGGCUGCUGCUGGACCAGAAGACAGCAUGGGGUCUGUCUCUGCGGUGGAGAACAGGUACGGUAGCACCGACAGUGCUCCGCCAUACAUGCAAGCUGGAGGCGGUGAACGUGCUAACCUGCGGUUUAUGGACACCACAGCCGACUUUGCUUUCACCAGAGACCAACGGCACACCUCGGAGGAUGGCGGUCGCCGUGGCGGUGGCUGUGGCGUGGCCUGCAUGGUGGGCGCGGCAGCUCGACGGCUCCGCGACAGCCUCACAUCCUUUCAGCGCUGCUUCAGACGCAGAGGCGACAGCGGUUACAACGAGGACGUCCCGCCAGGGAGUGCCGGUGGAGGUGACGGCCGCCGCCGCCGUAGCCGUGGCACGGGCAGCAAGGAAACCCAUCCGCACCACCUUUCCAGGCAUGUGGUUGAGGGGCUGCGGCAGCCUGUGGAGGACGCUGUGCUGUGGGAGGCGCUGCGGUCCGUUGGACUCGAUGCUGCAGUGGAGUUGAGCGGCGGCCUCGAUGCCCCGCUCGUCGGCCUCAACCUGACAGAGACGGGGCUGACGGAUUCGCAGUGCCGUCUUCUCUGCCUCGCGCGUGUGGUGCUGAGGAGGCCACCGAUUGUGCUCCUGGAAGACGCCGUCCACUCCGGCGCUGAGGCGCAGACGGACCUCGCCAUUCACCGCGUCUUGGCGAAUGAGCUGCGCGAGUCGACGGUGUUGAUCAUUGCCCACCGCAUGUCCACGCUGCUGAACCUCUGCACGCGUGUCGUGGCGGUGCAGGGAGGGACGUUGAUGCCUAUCACGGAUCUGAGGCCGACACUGGCGUCAGCGGUCACGGCGGAUGCUCCAGGGGCAGGCGACGGGCUUUUGUACGCGGCUUCCACGCGGCCGGCAACGGCGGUGCUGGAUCUGGUCGUGCUAAAGACGCUCUCCGACCACCUAGAGUAG